AUGUAUUAUAUAACUUGUUCGUUGUUGUUCCAGCAGCAAAUGGCUGAGGCUAUCCUCCUCGCGGUGUCAAAGAUUGGGACAGUGGGUUUAAAUGAAGCAGUCUCAUCUGUCAUGGAAAAGUUGUCAAGGAAGGUUGAUAAUCUAAAGGAACUGCCGUUAAAGGUGAAAAGAAUUGAGAAAGAGCUGAUGACGAUGAAUGCUGCAAUUCAAGAUUUAGGUACCACACAUCUGAGCAACAAUGUGAUCAAGACUUGGAUUGCACAUGUGAGGAAGCUGGCCUACCAUGUGGAGGAUGUAAUUGACAAGUAUUCGUAUGAGGCCCUCAAGCUCAAGGAAGAAGGCUUCCUUAAUCGUUACGUCGUGAGAGUUGCACCCCAUGUAAAGGUUUUCAGUAAGAUUGCUGAUGAGGUGGUAGAGAUCGAGGAGGAGAUCCGGCACGUCAAAGAACUGCAGAGAGAAUGGAGUGGCACAAUCCACCUCUCCAAAAAUGAGCAUGUGGAACCUGAUCGUAGGUGGUCUGGAAGCUGCUAUCCAGAGCUUGUUAGUGAUGAGGAUCUUGUGGGAAUUGAGGAGAACAGGAGCAAGUUGACCGAAUGGCUGGCCACUGAUGAGGAAGAAAGCACCGUGAUCACAGUUUCUGGUAUGGGAGGCUUGGGGAAAACCACCCUUGUGAAAAAUGUGUAUGAUCGGGAGAAAGCCAAGUUCCCUGAUGCACAUGCUUGGAUUGUGGUGUCCCAGGCAUAUGAUGUGGUUGAUCUGUUGGGGAGGUUGCUCUCCGAGAUACGGCGGCACACGGAGAAGUUGUCGUCACUGCCGCCUGUGGUAACAGGCGGCAAAGAAAAUGUAUAUGAGUUAACAGAGGCAAUAAAGAAGACACUCCAAGACAGGAGAUGCCUGGUGGUGCUUGAUGAUGUGUGGGACAAAAAAGCAUACACGCAGAUGUGCAGUGCAUUCCAGGGCGUCCAAGGAAGUCGUGUUAUCAUCACAACACGCAAGGAAGACGUUGCGUCUCUCGCUCCCCUGAGACGUCGCCUGCUACUCCAGCCAUUGGGCAGAGCCGAGUCAUUCAAGCUGUUCUGCUCUAGGGCUUUCCACAACAUCCCUUAUCGCAACUGCCCCCCAGAGCUCCAGACGGUGGCCGUUGCUGUUGUUGAGAGGUGCCAUGGCCUGCCAUUGGCCAUUGUAUCUUCAGGCAGCCUAAUGUCCACGAAGCUACUGACGGGUGACGCCUGGAACCAGAUGUACAAUCGUCUCCAAAGCGAGCUGCGUGACAACGACCAUGUGCAGGCUAUACUUAACCUAAGCUACCAUGACUUGCCAGGUGAUCUCAGGAAUUGCUUCCUGUACUGCAGCCUGUUCCCUGAAGACUAUGCCAUGCCGCGGGAGAGCCUGGUGCGGAUGUGGGUUGCCGAAGGGUUUGCAACCCAGAAAGACAACAGCAGCACGCCCGAGGAAGUUGCCGAGUGGAAUCUCAUGGAGCUCAUCGGCCGCAACAUGCUGGAGGUUGUGGAGAGGGAUGAGCUCAACAGGGUCAGCACCUGCAAGAUGCAUGACAUUGUCCGCGACCUGGCUCUUGCCGUUGCUAAAGAGGAGAGGUUUGGAUCCGCUAAUGACCAGGGCGAAAUGAUGCGCAUGGAUAGAGAGGUCCGGCGGUUCUCAACAUCUGGUUGGACAGACGGUAGCACGGCUGCUGCAGGAGUGGAAUUCCCACGGCUCCGGACUGUCAUCUCACUCAGCGCGGCUUCCUCCUCUGCCAACAUGAUUUCCUCGGUUCUGUCCGGAUCCAACUACCUCACCGUUCUCGAGCUCCAAGACUCUGCAAUCAACCAAGUGCCGGCGUCCAUCGGGAAUCUGUUCAAUCUACGCUACAUCGGCUUAAGGCGCACCAAUGUUCAGUCACUGCCAGAUACCGUCGAAAAGCUCUCUAACCUUCAGACACUAGACAUCAAGCAGACGAGAAUAGAGCAUCUUCCACCAGGAAUUGUCAAGGUCGACAAGCUACGUCACCUCUUGGCUGACAGGUUUGCUGACGAGAAGCAGACGGAGUUCCGCUACUUCAUAGGAGUGGAAGCACCUGAAAUGAUCUCCAACUUGCAAGAGCUGCAGACUCUUGAGACCGCUCAUGCCAGCAAAGACCUGUCCCUGCAGCUCAAGAAGAUGAGUAAGCUGCAGACCGUCUGGAUUGACAACAUCAAUGCAUCCAACUGUAAAGACCUUUUCGAUGCCCUGUCAAGUAUGCCCCUACUCUCGAGCUUACUCCUUUCUGCAUCUGAUGAGAAGGAGAUAUUUAGCUUCCAAGCCCUCAAACCGGUUUCCAAGAUGCUCCACAGGCUAAUCAUCCGAGGUGGCUGGGCCGAUGGGACACUCAAGUGCCCGAUAUUUCAGGGCCAUGGGAAGUAUCUCAGGUAUCUGGCUCUAAGUUGGUGUGAUCUUGGGAAAGAAGACCCGCUGCAGCAGUUAGCAUCUCAUGUGCCAGAUCUCACUUAUCUCAGCCUUAACCGGGUGAGCAGUGCUGGCAUAUUGGUUCUUUCUGCAGACUGCUUUCCACAGCUCAAGACCCUCGUCUUAAAGAACAUGCCCAAUGUCCAGCAAUUGGUGAUUGAAAAGCGUGCCAUUCCAUGCAUUGACGGGAUCUACAUGGUGUCACUCCAGGGGAUGAGUAUUGUCCCUCAAGGCAUUGAAUUCCUUAGAUCCUUGAAGAAGCUCUGGAUGCUGCAUCUGCACAGGGACUUCAUGGCUCAGUGGAUUCAGAACCAGAUGCACUACAGGAUGAAGCAUGUUCCAGAGCUCCGUAUCUAG